GCAGUCUACGCACACUGCUAGUGGGAUAGCAUGGCAUUUGGUCAAUCAGGCGGUCGUGGCGGCUUUGGCGGUGGACGUGGUGGACGCGGUGGAGGAGGAGGAGGCGGACGUGGAGGUGCUGCUUGGGGAGGCCGUGGCGGGAGCAGAGGAGGAGGCUUUGCUGGCCGCGGCGGUGUAGCAAAGCGCGGUGCUCCCGGUGGAUGGGGCGGAGGACGAGGUGCCCCCAGAGGUCGCGGUGCACGAGGCGGCGGACGUGGAGGAAGGGGUGGUGCUAGGGGUGGCUCGAACGUUCUCCUUGAGCCUCACAGGCACCCCGGCGUCUUCAUCGCCAAGGGCAAGGACUCCAUGCUUGUCACCAAGAAUAUCGUCCCUGGAGAGUCUGUCUACGGCGAGAAGCGCAUCUCUAUCGACGGCGGUGUUGAAGGUACCAAGAUUGAGUACCGUGUCUGGAAUCCUUUCCGUUCCAAGCUUGCUGCCGGUAUCCUUGGCGGUAUGGACCACAUUUACAUCGAGCCAGGCAAGAAAGUUUUGUACCUCGGUGCUGCAAGCGGUACCUCUGUCUCUCACGUGGCUGAUAUUGUUGGACCAGAGGGUGUUGUUUACGCGGUCGAGUUCUCUGCACGGUCAGGUCGUGACCUGAUUGGUAUGGCAAAGAAACGCACCAACGUUGUCCCUAUUGUUGAGGAUGCCCGGACACCACAAAAAUAUCGUAUGCUCGUCUCGACUGUAGACGUAGUUUUUGCCGAUAUCGCCCAGCCCGACCAAGCGCGUAUUGUCGGUCUCAACGCCGAGUACUUCUUGAAGAACGGUGGACACGCCGUCAUAUCCAUCAAGGCCAGCUGUGUCGACUCAACAAUAGAACCAGAGGUUGUCUUCGCCCAGGAGGUUAAUACCCUGCGGGAGGUCAAGUUCAAGCCUUUGGAACAAGUGACGCUUGAGCCGUACGAACGUGACCACGCCAUGGUAUCAGCGGUAUAUCAAAGGCACAAGUAGACUUCCCGCAGCUUCUUUUGCCGGUGUCGUUUUUCUCUCGCUGUCUUCUCUGUCUCUGUAUUAAAGUAUCUUUGUUUCAAUAUCUUUCUUGUUCUAUUCAUGUGCAUAAU